AUGGAUAGUGACAUAACAAGUUACGCAGUUGAAGGUCGUAUAGGAGAAGGUGCUCAUGGUCUAGUGUUUAAAGCACGUCACCUGCACACUUGUCGAGAAGUAGCCUUGAAGAAAAUUCUCAUAAAGAAUCUUGAAGAUGGCAUACCCAUUAAUGUGAUGAGGGAAAUAAAAGCAUUACAGCUACUUCGAUGUAAAUAUAUUAUAAAAUUAUACGACAUGUUUCCUCGCGGCAUGAGUUUGGUCUUAGUUCUAGAGUAUAUGUGCUCAGGAUUGUGGGACAUGCUGCACCACAAUCAACAGGAAUUAACAAUUCCGCGAGUCAAGUCUUACGCUCAAAUGCUGCUGAAGGGCACGCGCUACAUGCAUGCCCAUUAUAUCAUGCACAGGGAUUUAAAACCAGCAAACUUGCUCAUAAAUUACGAAGGAACACUGAAGGUAGCUGACCUAGGUCUGGCACGCCUUUACUGGCCCGAUGGAGGUAGACCUUACUCACAUCAAGUUGCUACUAGGUGGUAUCGCGCUCCGGAACUCCUGUAUGGAGCAAGAUUUUAUAGUGAGAAAAUAGAUUUAUGGUCAGUCGGCUGCAUAAUCGCAGAGAUGAUUACCAAACAUCCACUUUUUGCGGGAGAAUCGGACAUAGAACAACUGGCGAUAGUACUUCAACACCUAGGAACCCCAACAGAAGAAACCUGGCCAGGUCAUUCAGAGUUGCCGGACUAUCACAAAAUUACAUUCCCAGAAUCAACUCCAACGCCAUGGCCUGAUCUCCUACCGGGCGUAGAACCAGAAGCUUUAGACCUGAUCAAGUCUUUUGUGCUUUACAAUGCUAAUAAAAGAAUAUCAGCUAAAGAGGCGCUAAGACAUAAUUGGUUUCGUUCAAGGCCCCUCCCAGCCGCCAUGGAAGACAUGCCCAAACCAAACACAAACAAACCAAAAUAA